AAACAAGAAGUUGCGCAGCAUUGAUCGGCACCUUUCUGCAAUAUACUCCGUUGUCACAAGGAAAGCAACAUAAUGAGACACACUGUGGACGCUUAUCGUCAUUCAUCUCACAACUCGAAAGCGAAAGCCGCCAAAACAGUCUGAACCUCGAUCCUCUCAAACCACAAUUUCCCAUCCUACCCUUGCAACCAUGUUUGCCAUCAAGUCUCUCCCCAAACUCAUCUGCGCCCUUCUUGGCAUUACCACUGUCGUAGUCGGCAUGAAUGACGGGUCUGUCCGGGGCACCAGUUUGGCGUCGUCUUCUGUUGCAAUCCCCAGCGCGGAACGCAAGUUGUCGGAGUGCCCGCAAGACAAAAGUCUUCCUGCUACGGUGACUAUUGACGGCGAGGAUCUCCUUCAUCCAGUGGCGCUCUGUGACUUUCUCGUCGCCUACAACCGAUUGGGCCGCAACGAGCACAACAACGUCUCUAGUCCCUUGGAUUGGAAAAUGUUGUGUGACGACUUUGAACCGUUGGACCAGCACCUGUGUCCCAUGGGUCGGCAUCUGGAGGGAAUCUGUUCCCACAGAAAGCCUCAUCUGAAUCCUUCUGUUCGUGUGAACUUCUGCUCCCCCAUUUUUUCAUUGCUGACGGAAGAACAAGGCCGCUCCCAGUGCACCCGGAUGUGCAUCAACUACGUGUCGGAGGCACGAGGUGGGUGCUGCGAUAUUGCCUGCCCCUAAUCAGCCAAUGUCCACCACAAGCUCGCCAGCCGUACAGUAGUUGGUGGUUCCAGUAAGGAAGUUAUCUACGCCAUUUGUAGUUGAUGGAUGUGCACUCCUUUCAUAUGCUACAUGUUCGAAGAAACAGUUGACGGUAUCGAUGAUUUUCACUUUUGGUUAGGUCAAUAAUUUAAAGGUAUAUUAGUGAUUC